AUGACCGCUGCUGAGACCUGCGCCGGCCGCCAGUCGUUUCUCGUGGUCUUUGACUUCGACCACACGGUUGUCGACUGCAACACCGAUGAGGUGGUGCCGCAGUACUUGGGGCGCGGCGACUUCCAACGCGCCCUGCUGGCGGCGGAGACGCCCAUGCAACCGACGAACAUCGUGGACGCCGUUUUGGCGCCGUUUUCACGGGAGCAGCUCGAAGACGCCGUGGAAAAGAGCGUCGUGAUGGACGCGGGGAUGCCCGACAUCUUCCGUUUCCUCCUCCAGCAGCAGCAGCAGCAGCAGCAACGGCGCGGUGCGCCAGACGAGGGCGUUGCCACUCGUCCGCAGCUUGAGAUUGCCAUUGCGAGCGAUGCCAACAUGCUGUUUAUAGAGAAGAGCAUUGAACACCAUAUUCCCUUUGCCCGCCACGCCAUUGCGCAGAUCCACAGCAAUUCGUUUCACGACGUCUUCGACGGUGGGGAGUUGCGGCGCUGUCGCGUCGGCUGGUACGAGGCGGCGGGCCACAAUUGCCCCAACUGCAACGGCAAGAACCACCUCAACAUGUGCAAGAGCCGCAUCGUCGCCCGCCUGUUGCACGCCAGUCGUCUCAUUGAUCCCACCAUUAUUUUUGUCGGUGACGGCGCGAAUGAUUUUUGCCCGGUGCUCAACAUGCUGCGGCCGCGCGAUUAUUUCCUCGGACGCCGCGGCUUUGCGAUUCAUCGCCUUCUCUCGGACGAGCGCAGCGCGGCGGGGGGUUGCUGCAGGGUCGACUUGUGGUCCAACGCCAACGAGUUGCUGCAGAGCUUCAAGCGCGCCAUGGAUCCCGCCGAGCGGUUGCCGACGCUGGCUCGCUUUCGCGACGUGGGUCCACGCGAGUUCCGCACCGUGACUUUGCUGCAGCGCGUUCCGCAGGUCCUCGCGCGGACGCUGAAGGCGAAUGAGACGCACAUCACAGCGGAGGCGCGGCGGCUGAUUGACGCCCUCGCCGAGGCGACGCGGAACAACGCGGCGGUGGCGCCGCUCCCUGGCCAGCAGGUGGUGCCGCCUUGGCUGCAGGCCUAUGCCGCCGUGCCAGAGUAUGACAGGGACGCCCACGCGUUGCCCCAGCAGCAACGGCGGCAGCAGGAGGCGGGGGGCGGCGCAGUUGUGGCCCCGCGCUGGGGCCAGCUGCCGUGGCUCCUGGGCGAGAUUUACUUCUACAACCUUCUUGCACAGUACGUGCUGCUGGCGGAGGCUGGCGCCGGCAGCGACGCGAAGCCGUCCGCGGACGACUGGGCCCCAAACAUCCUCACUCCGUAUGCGGUGUGUAAUCCAAUUGGCACGCACGACUGCCCCAGUGCGCCGCACGGGGUGAUGACGGCAACGGGCGCCACGCCGGGGCAGUCAUUUGACGCCUCUUUUCUCGCCAAGGACGGGUCGACUUUCGGGUCAGACACGAUUGUGGUGCAGGACGGCAAACUCAAGUACCGUGACAUCGCCGCUGGUGAUGCCGUCGUGCCACGGCAAGGAUACUUUCAGCCCUACCGCGACUUUUUUAUGCACGAGAAGUGUGAGGUGCUGCACAAUUUCUUGAAAUGCAAAAUAUGUCCUAUGCUUGCGUGUGCGCCGUGGGAGUCGGAUGACUCCUUCGUUCCAGUGCUGCUGCGCUGGAUGCUGUGGGGCAACGGCGUGGAUCUCUCCAUGUUCACGCUGGAGCAGCUGCGGGAGAGCCACGCCGUUGCGGCGGCAGGGUCUGGCAGCAGCGACGGGAAGAGUGAGGCGUGGGCGAGGGAGAAACGACCCGAGGGGUUCGCGGCGGCCGCGACGGAUGCCCUGCGUCUGGCAGAGGCGCAGUCGGUUGCGGGGCAGGACGACCGCAUCCUUGGCAACCAGGUGGCGGCGGUGGCGCAGCUCAUCCGCAGCAUCGUGCGCACGGAGCCGGGGAAAGACGAGGCGGGUUCCCGCACGAUCGACAUUGUGAUGGACAACGUCGGGGUCGAGUGUGUGGCGGACCUCAUUUUCUGCCUUUGGCUGCUGCACCACCACCCCUCGCUGCGCGUGACGCUGCACGUGAAGUGCAUGGCGUUCUACGUCUCGGACGUGACGCCGCCGGACAUUGCGUUCCUCCUUCAGGAACUGGAGGCAUGCGCGCUGCAGGAGCCUGCGAUGGCGGCGGUGCUGACGCCGUUCCUGCGACUGGUUCGCGAGGCCCUCGGCGGCGGCCGGCUGCGCAUCGACGCCGAUGCCGUGUGGACGCAGCCGUCCGAGUACCGUGAGCUGCCGCCGCGGGUGUGUAACACAUUCUUCUUCACGCAGCGGCUGCUGUCGGAGGCGGAGAUGCAGCAGCAGCAGCAGCAGCAGGCGCAGGCGCAGGCGCAGGCGCAGCAGUCGACGUCGUUUUCGUACGACGCCUGCAAGCGCUACACGUCGCACUCGGCGCUUGUUAUUUUCAAGGGCGAUCUUAACUUUCGCCGUCUCGUCGGUGACCGUCACUGGGACCGCCACGCAUUCGUCUCGACGCUCACCCCCACCGAGCGUGACGCCCCCGCGGUGUCGGAGCUCCUGCUCGCCGACACACCGCACGCCUGCCACGGCCAGCGUCGCCCCGCCCAGGAGGGCGAAGAUGCGGCGGAUGAAAUUAUCAGCUUCCAGCGCAUUGUGUCAUCCUACUGGCCGGUGCACGCCGUGCCGGUGUGUGCCAUACGCACCAUAAAGAGCGAAGUGAGCAUCGGCGUGGGGGCUGCGCGGCAGAAGGCGUUGGACCGCGCAGAUCCCACCUGGAGGACGUCAGGGAAAUACGGCGUUAUACUCCUUGCUUCCGGCAGCCUCUGA